UCCAUGUGCCACCCCCCUCGAGAACUACAGGAGAUAGAUCCGUCCAUCAAAUCUCCAGAGUCGAUCCUUCCCCGGCCCGUGCCUUUGCCCCAUCCGCUGUCCAGUCUUGCCUCGACGCGGAGACAGUUCACAAAAGUGGACGCAGAAAAUAACCCAUCCUCAACCUGCACCUGCCCCAGCGUACUCGUCCCGGACCCCCCUCGUCCCCGUCGUCAACUCCGCGUUCCCAAGGCGGGCUGAAGAGCC